AUGGCGCUCGGCCGCGGCUCCAAGAAGUCGACCUCACGCGACCGGGUGGUCACGCCUGCUGCCCUGAACCACGGGGUCAUUGCACCUGCAUCUCAACAGGAAGAAGCUGUGGCUCCGCCCACCAGGAAGGCUCGGUCCUGUAAAUGGGUCCUGGCCUUGCUCAUCAUCAUCCUCGCAGCCGCGGGAGCCACGCUGGCCUGGUACUUCCUGGAGUACAGGGUCUGGGUGCUGGAGCCUCGAGUCCGGCAGCAGUACACCGCCUACCUGUCCAUCCUCAACAGGAACUUCUCUGCAGAUCUGUCCUCUCACGGCAGCGCUGCCUUCAAGGAGGAGGCCCGCGGCGUCCAGAUCAUGGUGAAGAAGAUAAUGAUGGGCUCCAGUCUCUCUCGAUACUUUAACUACUCCACUGUGUUCGCCUUUGGGGAGGGCAGCGUCGUGGCUCACUUCUGGAUAGUGAUGUCCGUGCCGGGCAGCCAUGUUGGGAGGCUCACCCUGGAGGAGGUGACCAGGAGCCUGGAGGAGGGCCUGAGGGGGCGCGGCGGGUCCGGGGGGGAGGAGGCGGCGGCCGGCUGCAGCGGAUACCUCGUCCGCCUCCGCUCGCUGUCCGUCAGCGACACCGACUCCAAAGUCGUAGAGCUUUUGACCUCCUCGUUUGACUGCUACCGCUACCAGAAGGUGGCGUCCGGCGGCCGCUCGGCUCUCCGUGGGCCCGACAUGCAGCGCUCCUCCUGCAUGUGGCACCUCCAGGCCGGACCCGGGGCCCAGCUGGAGCUCCGCAUGGAGUGGCUGCUGCCGGAGUGCCGGGACCGGCUGGUGGCGUACGACUCCCUCACGCCCUCCGACUCCCGCCUCAUCACAUCAGUGUACGGCUGCAGCAGACACGAGCGGGUGGUGAGGGUCCUGUCUUCAGGCGAGUGGAUGACGGUGGUUUGGAAACAGGGUCUGUACAACUACAAGGACCCCUUCUCUCUGUCUGCACAGGCCUGGGACCGCCAGGGCUGUAACUCCACGAUAGAGCUGAAGGCCGUCUCGGGGGUCCAGGGGACGCUGAGCACGCCCUUCUUCCCCAGCUACUACCCCCCCGACACCAACUGUACCUGGAGCUUUACUACGCCCAGUGGAGGGGUGGGCUUGUCUCUGGAGUUUGAGGGCUACGAGCUGAGCAGAGCCAGCUACAACCAGGCCUGCACCCAGGGACAGUGGACCAUCCAGAACCGCAGACUGUGCGGCUCCAGAGGCCUGCAGCCGUACCACGAACGCCUCUUCCUGCUCGCCGCCACGACCACCGUGGUGAUGACGUCGGAGGUGUCGCUCACCGGGCCGGGACUCCAGCUGCGCUACGGCGUCUUCAACCUAUCAGAUCCGUGUCCAGGUCAGUUCCUGUGCUCUGUUAACGGCCUGUGUGUUCCUGCUUGUGAUGGAAUCAAGGACUGUCCCAACGGACUGGACGAGAGGAACUGUGUGUGUGUGGCACAGUACCAGUGUCCAGAGGACAGUCAGUGUGUGGACUACUACAAGGUGUGUGACCAACUCCCAGACUGCCCCGAAGCCACGGACGAGAUGAACUGCACUGAUGGUGUGCCGUGUACAGACAUGACCUAUGUGUGUGCUGAUGGGUCGUGUCUGAAGAAGCCAAACCCAGAGUGUGACUUCGUCAGCGACUGCCCCGACGCCUCCGACGAGGAGCGCUGCGACUGCGGCCUGAGGCAGCUGUCCGGUCGCAUAGUGGGCGGGACCAAUUCCACGGAGGGGGAGUGGCCAUGGCAGGCCAGCCUUCAGGUGCGGGGAACCCACAUCUGCGGGGGCGUGUUGAUCUCCAGCCAAUGGGUGGUGUCCGCUGCCCACUGUUUCUAUGACGACCGCCUGUACUCCCCCUCGCUGUGGACCGUCUACCUGGGCAAACUGCUGCUCAGCCCCGGCAGCCCCACUGAGGAGGUGGCUCGGGUCCAGCGGAUCCACCUGCACCAGUACUACGACGACGAGUCCCACGACUACGACCUGGCCCUGCUGAAGCUGGAGCGACCUGCCGCGGCCCGGCCCGCCUGCCUGCCGCCGCCCACCCACCAGCUGGAGCCGGGCCUGCUGUGCUGGGUCACCGGCUGGGGGUCUCUCCGAGAGGGGGGCAGCGCCAGUAACGUGCUGCAGAAGGUGGACGUUCGGCUGGUCAGCGAGGAAGCCUGCGUUCGCACCUACGGCCACCUGGUCACUCCCAGAAUGCUUUGCGCCGGCUACCGCAGCGGAGACAAAGACGCCUGUCAGGGGGACUCCGGCGGCCCCUUGGUGUGCCAGGAGCCGUCUGGUCGCUGGUUCCUGGCCGGCGUGGUGAGCUGGGGUCGAGGCUGCGGGCGUCCAGACUACUACGGGGUCUACACCCGCGUCACCCGGCUCACCGACUGGAUCCAACAGGUCAUCGGCAGCCCCCGAGACAUCGAACAGCCGUAACGCAGUUGAGCUAAUAAUAUAAUCAACCAUAUUUAUGCAGCAUCUUUCAUAUAUUAUGACGUGUUUAUAUGCAGUGAAAAGAAGCACGGAAAAAAUUGUGAAAAUAUAAUGUUUGAAAGAAUAUUUUUUAGAAGCGAUUUUUGAGAAAUGAUUGUUUUCCUUGACUGUACAAAACAAAACUCUCUUACAGACUGAAUCUCUGUUUUAAAGAUAUUGAACUAUUGAAGCAUUUAAAAAAGCAUAUUUCUGUUUUGUCAUCAAGUUUGCAAUAAACUGCUUUUGUUUACA